CUCCUCUGAAGAAUGUUUGUAGAAGAAGCCUCAGGUCCUUCACGUGACACAUAUCUCCUCACACUCUCCUUGUCUGUCUGACACGGACCAUUUGAUAUUCUUGGAAUCAUCUUGCCCUGAUCUCCAGCAGACCCCUGAACUCCUGCAGCCAACAUGAAAAUUGCAUCUUUUAACAUCCAGAAGUUUGGAAAAAACAAAGUGGCAGAUCCAGAAGUCCUCAAAAUUCUCAUUAAGAUCGCAUCUCGAUAUGACAUCAUCGUUAUUUUGGAGGUGGUGGACACCAGCGGUACCUCAGUAACAACCUUCCUGGAAGAACUCAACAAGUCCAACAGGAGGGGGCGCUACACUCUGAAGAUCAGCAGUCGUUUGGGAAGAACUCAGUACAAGGAGCAGUUCAUGUUCCUGUACAGGGACCAUGUGGUCAACUUGGUCAGUUCCUAUCAGUUUGAUGACCAGCUUAUGGAGGGAGGAGACGUUUUUUCCAGAGAUCCCUACAUCCUGCGAUUCAGAUGCCUCAAUACAGUGCUGAAGGAUCUGGUGAUGAUCCCGGUCCACACCAAACCAGACGACGCUGACAAGGAGCUGGACGAGCUUUACGAUGUUUUCCUGCACAUCACGAAGAAGUGGAAGACUGAUAACGUGAUGAUAAUCGGCGACUUUAACGCAGACGGCUCAUACGUGUCCAACACCGACAUGAAGACCAUUCGUAUCCGUAGCGACAAGAACUUCCACUGGCUGAUUGGAGACAAUGUCGACACCACGGCGAGCACCCGAAACGACCACGCAUACGACAGGAUUGUGGUGUACGGAGAUGACAUGCUCAAGGCGGUCGUACCAAACUCUGCCAAACCCUUUAACUUCCAGAAGGCGUACGGACUGACCGACGAGCAGGCACUGAAAGUUAGUGACCAUUACCCAGUGGAGGUGGAGCUCCGGUCUGAAGCCGAUGGCAAGGAAGAGCCGCAGCCGCUUCAUCUGGAUGCAGAAGAACUGCCGGUGCUGGAUGGAGACCUGCUGGAGCUGAAGAGAGGAAACCUGCUGCUGGAGAGGGAAAAGCUCAGCCUGGAGAUCCAGAUCCUGCGUCUGAAGCUAGACAAGCUGAGCGGGGGCUAUGGACAUGACGCUUAGACCACACAAACACAACGCCCACUAAAGCUGAAACAGCAGUCCAUGCUUCACACCCACACAGGCCUUUUAAUGAUGCGUGUUUUUAACGUCCACACUGAAACAGGAACGUGAUGCGUUUUUCCUCUGGAGUCAAACUUGUGUCAUGUCAGAAAACAGACAGCUGUUCAGAUUGAUGAGACUCUGGAAAGAAGAAAACCAAAACCACAGUUCAGCUGGUUCUCUCUGAAACUGCUCUGAUUGAAGCAGUAACUGCUGCCCAACGUUACAAACACACAAAAACCAUCAAACUGAAACCAAAUGUGCACAUUUCAUCAGGAACAACACGGACGUUACCGUGACCGCGAUAAAACAUCAAAAUAAACCCGAUUUAAAAACAUGAAUCUAUUUUUUUGUCCCAUCAGCCACUGCAACAUAAGACUUAUUUUUACAUUGGCGCUUGACGCCCUCUGCAGGUAACCCUGGUUACUGCAACUCAGAACAUUCCAGGAUCCCACAGUCCUCCCCUGUGGACUUUAACUGCACUUGUUUCUCACACACACUCAUCUUCAACUGCUUAGUCCAGUCAAGGGUCACGGAGGGCUGGAGCCCAUC